GAUAGAUAGAUAGAUAGAUAUAGAUGUAUAGCAGAUUUGCGUGAACAUUUGUCACAGGGUUGCAGAAAAUUAAAUGUUGGAUAACACAGGUCGGAUAUAAAUUUGCACAAUAACUUGGCAAGAAAAAGAAAAAGAAAUGAAAACACAGUGAAAAAAGGGUUAUCCAUCUCAUUUCCUUCUUUCUUUUUUGUUUUCAAUGUUAUUUUUUGAAUAAUUGAAAUUCCUCUCUGAGGAAAGGUUAAAAAAAGUGAGAGGAGGGACCACAGUCAGUUAUCUACUGCUGCUUACUUGUUACUCUAGAUUGUAUGAGGGAAAUCACGUGAUGUCAGAACCUCAUGUCAUGAAUCUUUUGAACAAAGUGAGAUGUGCUCAGUUUGACCAUCUAUACAGUAGCAAGAGGAGACAUGCUACUACACGCAGACCUCAGACUGAAGAUGCUGAUGAUGUGGAUUACAGUGAUGCUUUUUAAUAAAAUUGCAGAUUCUGCACAGACAAACUAUGUCAGUCAGCCGAACCCACUGAUCACUGCUGAUGUUGGUGAUAAUGUGACUCUGCACUGCUUUAGACUGGGAGAAGAUAGCUCUGCAGUCAUCUUUUGGUACAAGCAAAAAGCAGGACAUGAGCCAUGUGUAAUGGUCAUAGUUCAUCAAGAGCCAAAUUACGAAGAUGAGUUCAAGUCACCAAGAUUCAGUAUCAAGAAAGAACAAACGAAUUAUCAUUUAAAUAUUGCUAAUGUGGAACCAUCAGAUGAAGCCAUGUAUUACUGUGGACUGAGAGACUUUUUAACAAUAUUUGGAAAUGGAACAUUUUUAUCAGUGAAAGGUGAUGGAAAUGUAAAAGUGUCAGUGGUCCAGAGCGGCGUGUCGGACUCGGUUCCUGCAGGAGCGUCAGUGACUCUGCAGUGCUCGGUUCUCUCUGAGAGCAGAUCAGCAGAACUCCAAGUGAUCUGGUUCAGAGCUGCUCCACCACAAUCCCAUCCUCAAAUCAUUUACACUCAUCGCAACAGCAGCCAUCAGUGUGAGAGCGGCUCAUCUACACACACCUGUGUGUACAACUUCUCCAAGAACAUCCUCAGCCUCAGUGAUACUGGAACUUACUACUGCGCUGUGGCCGUGUGUGGGAAAAUCAUUUUUGGGAACGGGACACGAGUGCAACUGGAGAGAUCUGUGGACCCUGUAGUGAUCUACCUCGCUGUAGCUUUGGGAGUGUGUGUGGUCGUGAUCUUUGCUUUGAUCUUUGUCAUAACCUGUAAAGGACAAAACAGAGUGAGACUAAAACAAGGUUCUGUGACCGACAAGACCCUCAAUCAGGACUGUGACACUGUGGAGGUGAAUUACGCUGCCUUACAUUUCAAUGAGAGGAGAGCCAAAAGAGGACGAAUGAAGAAACAACAACCUCAAGAUGUUAUAUAUUCUGAUGUGCGAGGUCGUUCUGUAACUUAG